UGGUGUACAUUUACUAAUAGGAGCCUGUUCUGUCCGAAAAUCGCACUGAAAAAUUGUUUUUGUCAUUGCUGGAAUAGUUCGGUGGGGUUAGAGAAAAAGAGCAGUCUGGUGCAGCUUGAAGUUUCCUGUGCGCCCUGUUAGAAUGCCUGGUGUUAUUUGAAAAUCACAACCAGACUGACUUUUAAUUCUGUGCGUUGGUGUGAAAUGAGGGGGUUUGCCGCUCAAUUGAAACUCUCAAUUGUUAUUGCUGAGAUCAUUAUUUUAGUAAUGAGUUUAGUAGUAUUGAUUUGAUUUUUGUAGUAUUUAUAGCAUGUGUCUCCAUUUCUAGGAGAGAAGAAACAGCUUGCAUUUGAAAACCUUCAAAAAUUCUUCUUAUUUCCAAACCAGGGUCAGUGCUCAAAUUACAUGCCUAUUAGGUUGAGAGGAGGAGAGGAAAUCUGUUCUGGGAGGUUGGAGGUGUAUUAUAAUGCUGAGUGGGGGUCUAUAUGUGCUGAUCUGUGGGACAUCAGGGAUGCUCAGGUGGUCUGCAGGCAGCUGGGUUGUGGGCCGGCGCUGAGUGCUAAUAGAAGAGCUGUUGAUGGUUCUGGUGGAGGAACUAUCUGGAUGAACAGAGUGAAGUGUAGAGGGAAUGAGAUUCACCUGUGGGACUGUCCUCAUUCCCUGAAGAACCACACUGACUGCUCCCACAGUGCUGGAGUCACCUGUGCAGACAUAUUUGUCACAUUACCUUUUUCAUCUGAAACAACUACAACUUACACCACAGUACCAGCACAGCUAACAGAGAAAAAGACAGUCCCUCCUUCAAAAAAUCCAUCAUCUAAUUUUCCAUACAUCUAUCCAGUGUCUCUCCUGGUUCUGGGAUCUGUGCUCUUCCUGGCCUUAGUGCUUCUGGUUGUGCUGUUUUAUCAGAACAGAGUGCUCAGGAGAGUGAUUUCUAAGGCGAGGAGGAAGACUCUGCUUGAGGCAGUCUAUGAAGAGAUUAACCAUAAAUGUGUCACUAACAGAUAUACUAAAAGAGGAAGUUUUAUCUCUGAAGAUCAGCAUUCAGGAUAUGAGGACGUAGAUGAGGAGCUUCUCUCAGAAAACUAUGGCGAGGUCUAUGAUGAUAUCAUACCUGCUGAAGAGAGCCCACACAUUACAACAGACAGUGUGAGGUUGGUGGAUGGUGGGAGCCGCUGUGCUGGGACAGUGGAAGUUCUUCAUAGAGGGCAGUGGGGAACAGUGUGUGAUGAUUACUGGGAUAUGAGAGAUGCUGCAGUGGUGUGUAGAGAGCUGGGCUGUGGGGAAGCCAUAGAUGCACCACGGAGAGCUCGCUUUGGAUCAGGAUCAGGACCAAUCUGGGUGGAAUAUGCUAACUGUGCUGGAUCAGAGUCUUCACUGAAGAACUGUAGGUCGUAUGAUUGGGGUAGACAGAGAUGUAAUCAUGAUGAAGACGCUGGUGCUGUUUGUGCAGACAGUGUGAGGUUGGUGGAUGGUGGCCAUCGCUGUGCUGGGAGAGUGGAGGUUUUUUAUAACAGAACAUGGAGAUCAGUGUGUGGUAAAAACUGGGAUAUAAGAGAUGCUGCAGUGGUGUGUAGAGAGCUGGGCUGUGGGGAGGCUGUAUUUAAAAAUGUUCAGUUUGGUCCAAGAUCAGCCUGGAUGGAUGAUGUGAACUGUAGUGGAUCAGAGUCUUCAGUGAAGCACUGUAGAUCAGCUGGAUGGGUGGAACAAAUUUGUAAUCGACUUGCUGGAGUCAUCUGUUCAGGGGUCAGAUUGGUGGGCAGAUCUCGCUGCUCUGAGAGAGUGGAGGUUCUUCAUGGAGAGAGCUGGGUCACAGUGUGUGAUGCUGACUUUGACCAGCAGGGUGCAGAGGUUGUGUGUCGAGAGCUGGGCCGUGGUUCUCCUGUGGAGGUUCUGGGAGCAGCUGCUUUUGGUAGAGUGGAGGGUCAGGUGUGGUCAGAGGAGCUUCAGUGUAGAGGAAACGAAUCUCAGAUUCACUUCUGUCCAAAAUCAUCUUCACUCAAACACAACUGCUCCCAUGAUAAUGAUGUGGGACUGGCAUGUUCUGGUCACACUCAGGCUCGGCUGAUGAACGGCUCAGAUUCCUGUUCUGGUCGAGUGGAGCUCCAGUACCUCAGUGAGUGGGGUACAGUGUGUGAUGUAAGCUGGGAUAUGAGAGCUGCCAGUGUCCUCUGUGCUCAGCUGAAGUGUGGGAGUUCUGUGGCUGUGUUGGGGUCAGACUGGUUUGGGGAGGGGAGUGGCCGGAUCUGGGCUGAUGUGUUUGAUUGGCAGGGAAACGAAACACACCUGUUAAAAUGUCCCAUUUCAUCAUGGAGUCGAACUGCAUGCUCUCAUGAACAGUAUGCUGGAGUUAUCUGUAGUGGUUCUUCUCUGGCGUCUCAUGAGGGAGGAGUGCGGUUGUCUGGAGGGAUGGAGUGUGAGGGGGAGGUGGAGGUGUUCUUCAGGCAGGACUGGAGGAGAGUUCUGCUGGACUCCUGGAGUGAGUCUGAGGCCUCUGUGGUCUGCAGACAGCUGGGCUGUGGUUCUGUACUCAACAUCUCCAGCUCCUCUUCAUCCAGUCCUGAACACAGCUACAUGUGUGUGACGGGUUUCAACUGCUCUGGGAGUGAAGCUCAUCUGAGGAACUGCAGCAGCUCACAAGCAGUUAACUGCAGCUCCACGGAACAGCUCUACAUCACCUGCUCUGGUACAUCUAACACAGUCCACAGCUCCAUCAGGCUGGUUGGUUCUGGGGGAGACUGUGCAGGAAGGCUGGAGGUUUUCCACAGUGGAUCAUGGGGGACAGUGAGUGAUGAAUUGUGGGAUAUUGAGGAUGCGCAGGUGGUCUGCAGACAGCUGCAAUGUGGAGUCGCCCUCAGUGCUCCAGUACCGGUACCAGCCCGGUUUGGAUCUGGAACUGGACCCAUUUGGCUGAAUGAGGUGGAGUGUGAGGGGAACGAGGCGUCUCUGUGGAACUGCAGAUAUCAGCUGUGUGGAGAGGAUGAAUGUGGACACAAGGAUGAUGUAGGAGUCGUGUGCUCAGAGUAUAAAGAGAUCAGACUGACUGAGGGCUGUGAGGGGAAUCUGGAGGUGUACUAUAAUGGAACCUGGGGGAAUGUGUGUGUAAAUGGGAUGACUGAUGAAACGGCAAAAUUGAUCUGUCAAGAGCUGAACUGUGGAAGAACUGGCAGUGAGUCUUGGUCUAAAGCAAGAGUGGAAUCAGCUCCUAACUGGCUGGAUAAUGUAAAAUGUAGGAAACAUGACUCCACUCUGUGGCACUGUCCAUCUUCUUCCUGGGGGGAGAACAGGUGUGAUAAUCGCAAUGAGGUUGCUUGCAUUACCUGCUCAGAGAAUGGAAAUACACUAGAUUUGACAAAUUGGCUGUGUGAUUCAUCUCCUCAUGAGAGACCGUGCUCAAAGCACAUUCCUCUGAGGCUGAGGGGAGGAGUAGGAAGCUGUUCUGGAUGGCUGCAGGUGUAUCAUAAUAAAACAUGGGGGUCUGUAUGUGGUGACCUCUGGGACAUCAGGGAUGCUCAGGUGAUCUGCAGGCAGCUGGGUUGUGGGCCGGCGCUGAGUGCUAAUAGAAGAGCUGUUGAUGGUUCUGGUGGAGGAACUAUCUGGAUGAACAGAGUGAAGUGUAGAGGGAAUGAGAUUCACCUGUGGGACUGUCCUCAUUCCCUGAAGAUCCACACUGACUGCUCCCACAGUGCUGGAGUCACUUGUGGAGGCUUCCUGUAUCAUACUUUGCCUUUAAAUAAUAAAAGAGGACAGAUGGGACAUUUUGUCUUGCAAGAUUCUCAACCACAGACAAGAAGAAUCAUACUUCCACAAACUCCUCCACCAGCUGUUCCCUCCAUCUAUCCAGUGUCUCUCCUGGUUCUGGGAUAUGUGCUCUUCCUGGCCUUAGUGCUUCUGGUUGUGCUGUUUUAUCAGAACAGAGUGCUCAGGAGAGUGAUCUCUAAGAGGAGGAAGACUUCAGCUGAGCCUGUCUAUGAGGAGAUUGACACCAGGCUCAUCCCUAAAAGAAUUACUGUCUCAACUGAAACCUCCUUCUGCUGAUCUUCCUCUUUCGGGUGGGGAUGGAGACGGUGGAGUGGCAAGUGCUGCUGCUUGAGCUCCAGGACACUGAAGAUGCUGGGUCUUCGGGGACUGGGCCUGAAUUUACAGAAGAGAAAGAUCUGUAGAUUUACUUUCACAUAGUUACUGUAGUCCUGUAAUAGUUUAUCCAAAUAAGAAGAUCUACAGUUCUCCAUAGUUCAUACAUUUGUCGCAUUAACAUACACUGCUUUUAGCUUGUAUGGGAUCCUGGGCAAACCCCUGAUUCAGCACUUCUCUCAUACCAUUUUAUACACUGCCUGUAUUUGUAAUUAAUGUACUAAACUAGAAAUGUCAAAAAAAGUAACCAAAUAAAUAACUUUACUGCAGGAUACACACUAUCAUGAUGAAAUAAUAGAAUUAGUAAAACAACUAUUUUUUUUAAACAAGCAAGCCUGGAUGAAAAUGUUCAGAACAGAGAAUUAAGAAUGACAAGUAUUUAAAAUUAAGUACAGAUACAGUCCAGCAUUUAUUCUGACAGGUGACUUUAAUUUAGUUUUAGUCUUUUGUUUGUCACACUUUAGUCAUUUAGUCAACAAAACAUUUUAGCCUAGUCUAGUCAAAUAAAAAGUAUGUAUUACA